AGCGGUGUCUGGAAUAUCAUUUGAUACAUUUGAGACUGGCGAAGUCUUACCAAGCACCAUGAAUUUGGCAUGAUAAGUGCAAAUGCUUUCAAAAGGAUGCCGAAUCUUCGAUUCCUCAAUGUACAUAAAAGAUGGCAUGAUAAAAACGAUAGAGUAUAUACCUGAGGACAUGGAAUUUCCACCUCGUUUAAGGUUACUACAUUGGGAUGCAUACCCAAGCAAGAGUCUUCCUCCUAAAUUCUAUCCAGAACAUCUUGUGGAACUCAAUAUGCAAGAAAGCCAGCUGGAAAAGCUCUGGGAAGGAACUCCGCGAUUAACAAAUCUGAAGAAGAUGGAGCUGAUGGAAUCAUGGCAUUUGAAGGAACUCCCAGAUCUUUCAAACGCUACAAAACUCGAGAGAUUGGAUCUGGCUUGGUGCCAGAGUUUGGUAGAGAUUCCAUUUUCUUUCUCGAAUCUUCACAAACUAAAGGUGUUGGCCAUGUUUGCUUGCUCUAAGCUGCAAGUCUUACCAAGCACCAUGAAUUUGGCAUCUCUUAAAGUUGUCAACAUGGCUGGAUGCUCACGGCUGAGGAAGUUUCCAGAUUUUUCCACAAACAUCUCAUCACUCAAACUAUCAAACACCUUGGUUGAACAAGUGCCUGCAUCGAUUCAGCAUUGGACUCGUCUUCGGUUUCUUGAGCUAAGCUACAAUGGGAAGCUCAAGACCUUAAAGAAUGUCCUCGAAGGCGUAUCUCAUCUAAACCUAAGCUACAGCGGGAUCGAGAAUGUUUCGGAUUGCAUCAAAGCGCUUCAGGGUCUUCAACAUCUUAAUCUUUCUGGCUGCAGAAAACUCGCGACGUUGCCUGAGUUCCCUCCUCAGCUUAUGUUCCUAUCUGCAAACGACUGUGAAUCGCUGAAGAGUGUUUCUUGUCACUUUCACACUCCAAAUGCACAGCUUAACUUCACCAACUGCUUCGAAUUGAGUCAACAACAACAGCGAGCGAUUAUCCAACAAUCGUUUCUAACGGAGCGGAAGUACCGUUUAGUAACCGAUAACAGGAUGAUCAUAUUUAGUCUGAGAAUGCCUAAGAUCAAAGUCUUCUUGUGAUCGUUUGUAAAACAAAGC